AUGUCAUCUAAACUACCGAAAGGAAAAAAAACUAUGAUUACGACCUGUACAUAUAAUUCACGUACGCUUGCAUCAGAAGUGGGCAUUGAAGAUCUGAUGAUGCGAGCCAGAACGAUCAAGUGCGAGGUCAUCGGACCGAUCGAGACCAGACGACGACACCCAAUUAACGCCAUAAAUGAAACUGGAGAAGAACUGUUCACAGGAACAGGCGACAGUAGAGCAGUUGGUGUCCUUGUCAACACGAGUGUGGUAAAAAUCACCGGCUCUUUCGAGCAACUUACGACCCGAAACGGAAGUCCGCAGGUGCGAAGAUGUGGUUCAAAAUAA